UCUACAGCGAGAGCGGCACAGCGUCCGUGUGAGUCAGCACAAAGCCACAGCUGUCGCAGGCGGAAAAAAAGCCUUUUAAAAUUCAACGCUCUCUGCCUCGCUAAAAACAGACAACACUGCCAGGAAAGCAAGAAAAAGCCACCGUGGAUUUAAAGAGCAGAGCUGAUCUAUUUUUUCUACUCUCUCUGUUUCUCUUCCUCCUUCCUGUCUCUCUUUGUGUUUUUCCCCUGCAGUACUCUCUCUCGUAGAGGGGGAAGAUUACAGCAGCACUCAAGAGGGAGCACUAGGAUUUAAAAAAAAAGCACACAAGAAAGAAAAAAAAGGAGAGAUAGAGAGACAGAAACGCAACCACCGGCUGCCUUUGUCCUUUCUGCCUUCACUAGUCCCCGUCUCUGUUACAUUCUGCGGGAUCCGGAACAUCCGGAGCCAGGAAUCUAAUGCUCGUGGAGGAUGAGUCCAGCGAUCGAGGCGAUGCAGCAGGCAGAGCAGCAGCAUUAUCUGGGCAAAGGGGUUCUGCUUGAACCCUUCGUGCACCAGGUGGGGGGCCACUCGUGUGUGCUCCGUUUCGGGGAGCAGACUAUCUGCAAACCCCUCAUCCCCCGUGAACACCAGUUCUACAAGAGCCUUCCCGCAGCCAUGCGGAAGUUCACCCCACAAUACAGAGGUGAGGUUUCUGUGAGUUUCGAAGAAGACGAGGAGGGAAACCUGUGUCUCAUCGCCUACCCCCUGCACAGCGAGGUUAGCGACCUGGAGAACGUGAUCCCCUCCGUCGACCUGGAGCCCAAGAACAAAAUCAAGUGGGCCAACAAGAUGCUACUAGACAACGACGGCUACGGAAAGGACCGGGCCAGGAACUCGCGCAAGGACAAAGACAAGAGUCUGAAGCGUGAGGAGGAGUGGUUGAAGCAGGCCGAGGUGCUCUACUACACCCUGGAGAGGAGCAACGCCGUCCCCCAGCUCAAGCACAACCCCUGGAGCCUCAAGUGCCACCAGCAGCACCUGCAGAGGAUGAAGGAGAACGCCAAGCACCGCAACCAAUACAAAUUCAUCCUGUUGGAGAACCUGACGUGGAGGCAUAAAGUGCCCUGCGUGCUGGACCUGAAGAUGGGCACGCGCCAGCAUGGAGACGACGCCUCCGAGGAGAAGAAGGCCAUGCAGAUCCGCAAGUGCCAGCAGAGCACAUCGGCCAGCAUCGGCGUCCGCCUGUGUGGCAUGCAGGUAUACCAGUCAGGCGUGGGGCAGCUAAUGUUCAUGAACAAAUACCAGGGACGCAAGCUGACGCUCCCGGGCUUCAAGGAGGCGCUCUACCAGUUCUUCCACGACGGCCAGCGGUUGCGGGGCGAGCUGCUGUCGCCGGUGCUGCGGCGCCUGCGCGAGAUGCAGGCGGCGCUGGAGGACUGCGAGUCCUACCGCUUCUACUCGUCGUCGCUGCUCAUCAUCUACGACGGCGAGCCGCCGCGCUCCCGCCGGGCCGACGAGGACGGCCUCUCGGACCAGGACGACGAAGACGACGAGGACGAUGAGGAUGAGGAGGACGAUGAGGAUGAGGAGGACGAGGAGGAAGAGGCGGUGGAGGAAGGGGCGUUCGGGUUCCCCCACAGCGGGGCUGUGGCCGGGGGAAGCGGCAGCAGCUGUAACGGCAGCAGCGAGGGCAGCCUGAACGGGGGCAGCAGUAACAGCAGCACCAGCAGUAGCAGCAGCGGCGGGGGCAGCGGCGGCAGCUCGGCGGUGCCUCGUCGGGUGGCGCGGGGCUCGCAGGAGCCCAACGUGGACGUGCGCAUGAUUGACUUUGCCCACACCACGUGUCGGCACUACGGCGAGGACAGCGUGGUGCACGAGGGUCAGGACAGUGGCUACAUUUUCGGCCUGCAGAACCUCAUCACCAUCAUCUCCCAGCUGGAGGACCAUGGCACAGACUGAGCUGCCCCGCUCAAACACACAGACAAACAAUCAAAUGAACACACGCGCAUACUCACGAAAUACACACGCGGCGUCAUGCACAAUUGUGUGCACUAGUGCAGUGUGUUUUCGGCGAAGCACUUCGUCCUGAUGCCCUUCGCGACGCAGCAAAGGGUGAGUUAGAGGACGUCCGAAGGCUCGUCUCUUUCCUCCAGCCAUGUGACUGGGACCUGCGGUGGCCGCCAUUGCACACUGGCCACUCGUGUCUUUCUGUUGGUUUCUUUCGCUGUUUUUUUUUUUUUUUUUUUUUUCUCAUGACUUGUGUUAGAGGAUAUAAAAAGGGUCGAUGUUGGUAACACUGAAGCAGUGUCUGUUAUCUUCUGUUUACUUGACUCAGUGAAGUACUUCCCCUUCCACACCCCAACUCACCCAGUUACUGUUACAAGUUCCCCUUUCCUUACUGGUGUUUUUUACUUAAAACAGAAGCAUAAGAAGAAAACAAUCCAACAGUUCAAAACAAAAAAGACACAAAUGAACACACACACACACACAUACACAACCUUUCACAAAGACUGAUGAAACCGGUGGUUUCCAGGCCCAUUCCAGAAGAUUCUACUAGGAUUUCAAACUGAGACUUUGCUUGCAUUAAUUUCACCUCCAGCUGUGCCUCUGAAGGGAGAGGAGCGGACAGCUGGGUGCGUGAGCGGGAAUUAUGCAGUGUGGCCGACAGCACAUUUCCCACGGGAAGAAGCGCCCAUUCUAUUCAGAUAGUUACUAGAGACGUGCAGAGAAGAGACUAUAUAGAUCUUUUUAUUUAUUUGACAUAUUUCUUAAAUAAACUAAAAAAAAAUGAACACAAAAAAAACAUGAAUGGAGAUUGAGAGACUACAUUCCAUCUUAUUAAUGUUAUAAUAAUAAUAUGGAUUAAUAUUGUUAUUUGACAUGUUGAGAUACCUCUAUCUUAUACUGUAUAUCUGUGUUCGAAUGGAAAAGUAAUAAUAAACAGCUUUUGUGUUAA